UGGACAGUAUUACCUCAAGGCUUUAAGAAUAGCCCCACUAUCUUUGGAAAUCAAUUGGCGAAAGAGCUUGAAACUUGGGUACCUCCAGACAAUGAAGGAAUCUUGUUACAAUAUGUGGAUGAUCUCUUAAUAGCUACUGAAACCAGGGAAAGCUGUAUUCGAUGGACUGUGAAUCUUCUUAAUUUUUUGGGUUUAAGUGGAUAUCGAGUCUCUCAACAGAAAGCCCAGCUGGUUCGACAGCGUGUGACCUACCUGGGACUUGAAAUCUCGGGAGGACAACGGGAGCUCGGGACCGAGCGAAAAGAAGCCAUUUGCCGAACCCCGGAACCCCAAACGGUAAAAGAGCUGCGGACCUUUCUGGGAAUGACAGGUUGGUGUCGCCUUUGGAUAUAUAAUUACGGAUUAUUGGUAAAGCCAUUAUAUGAAUUGAUAAAGAGAGACCAGUCAAAAUUAACUUGGACUGGAGAAGCACGAAACGCAUUUAAGCAACUCAAACAAGAACUAAUGAGAGCUCCUGCUCUGGGACUGCCAGAUAUUUCAAAACCGUUUUGGCUGUUUUCUCAUGAGAGACAAGGAAUAGCUUUGGGAGUACUAGCACAAAGACUUGGUCCCUAUAAACGAGCUGUAGCUUAUUUCUCCAAACAACUGGACGAGGUAAGCAAAGGAUGGCCUGGCUGCCUUCGAGCUGUUGCAGCAGUUGUUAUCAAUAUUCAAGAGGCCCGAAAGUUUACCAUGGGACAGAAAAUAACGGUGUUAGUCUCCCAUACAGUUUCAGCGGGUUUGGAACAAAAAGGAAGCCAUUGGCUCUCACCCCAGAGAUUCUUAAAGUACCAAGCAGUGUUAGUAGAACAAGAUGAUGUAGAAAUUGUAGUUACUAACAUUGUCAAUCCAGCCUCUUUUCUUAGUGGAACUUUGGAUGAACCAGUGACACAUGACUGCAUAGAAACAGUAGAAGCUAUAUAUUCCAGUCGACCAGACCUCAAAGAAGAACCUCUGGAGGAUGCUGAAAACUCCUGGUAUACCGACGGGAGUAGUUUUAUAAAACAGGGACAACGUAAAGCAGGAUAUGCAAUCACAACCACCCAACAGAUUUUUUCAGGACAACCUCUGGAGGAGAAAUGGGACGGACCCUAUCAAGUGUUGCUGACGACCUUCACCGCCAUUAAGAUCAAGGAACAGCCGGCCUGGAUUCACUAUUCAAGAGUAAAGAGAGCACCUGAGAGACCAUGGACGGCCAUCCCUACAGGACCCACAGGUCUGCGAUUCUCCAGAUCAUGAUGGUAACAGAGUUAUUACUCGGUUCAAAUGAAGCUCGAUGGAACUUGAACUCACAUUUUUCCUUGACACAAAAUGUUUCCCAAAUCCUGAACAGAACUGACUGUUGGAUAUGUACUCAC